AAAGCCACAUUUCUUUCUUGCUUUCUUUUCUUGUCUUUCCCUAGAAUGUUUUUGUCCAUAUUCUGGACAUGUCUGACCCCAAAGGAAUUUGGAAAUUUGCCGAACAGUUCAAGAAUGAACACAGACUAAAUGUCUUGAUCAACAAUGCAGGCUGCAUGAUAAACAAAAGAGAACUAACAGAAGAUGGGCUUGAAAAGAAUUUUGCUACGAACACUUUGGGUACAUAUAUUUUAACAACAGUUCUACUAUCUCUCUUGGAAAAAGAAGAUGACCCUAGAGUUAUCACUGUCUCUUCAGGAGGGAUGUUAGUUCAGAAACUGAAUGUAUCAGAUUUGCAGACAGAAAAUACAGCAUUUGACGGGACAAUGGUCUAUGCACAAAAUAAGAGACAGCAAGUGGUCAUGACCGAACAGUGGGCUAAAGCACACCCCAGCAUCCACUUUUCUUCUAUGCAUCCUGGCUGGGCAGAUACUCCAGCGGUAAGGUCAUCUAUGCCAGAUUUCUAUGAGAAGAUGAAGAACAAAUUACGGACAGAGGCUCAAGGCGCAGACACUGUGGUAUGGCUUGCGGUCUCCCCAGCAGUGAAGAGGCAAGCAAGCGGCCAAUUCUUUCAAGACAGACAGCCUGUUUCAAUCCACUUACCACUGGCAUGGACAAAAUCUUCACCUGGUGAUGAAGAAAAACUGAUGCAGGUUCUUGAAGAGCUCUCUCAGCAGUUUAAGUCACAAUAAUCAUUACUUUCUACUUCCCCUUUAACAAGAGUUCUAGCAGUAUAGCAGUACAUUACAGUAGCAUUUUCCCAAAUUGAAGUUAAGAAAGUGGCACUGCAAUUGAAAAUUUGCAAUAUAUGGAAGCCAAUUGCAACAAGAACUCACAUGCUUCAUUUCGCAGCAGAAAAACAUCUGAAGCUUUCCUAGCUGGUUUUCUGUGCUUUACACGUAUCUGAUUUUUGCUCAGUAGAAUUGUGCAGGGUUUCUAGAACAGGCUUCUGGAAAAAGCUGAAAACAUGCAGGCAUUGUGCUGAUUCUUGAAAAAAUUGCCCUAGUUUGUUUCAGUUGAACAAGUCAGUUGAAACUAAUUCCAGUGUCACUUGUGUUUGCAAGCCAGCCCAGAGAAUAAGAUUUUAUGUUUUCAAAAUACAUCAAGGUUUGAGAGGGUAGUGGAAAAAAAGAAGAGAGCUCUUGCAUUUCUCCAGUCACAGUUCCAUAUCAUUUUGACCCUCCAUUUAGCCAUUUCACUCUUGCUGUUUUUAAAAGCCCAAGAGUUUUCCCCUUUUAAGAGGGAGGCUGUGGGCCAAGACAAGUAAGAAUACUCACUAUUCAAAACUUCGGAGGGCUCUCUCACAACUUUGAGCUUACCCCUUUUUUGAAGCCUGUGUGCAUGUGUAUUGUGUGCCUUCAAGACUUUUCAACUUAUGGCAACCCAACGGUGAACCUUGGCAGGUUUCUUUAGAAAGGGCUUGUUGUUGCCAUCCUCUGAGGCUGAGAGAGUGUGACUUGUCCAAGGUCACCCAGUGGGUUUACAUUGGCAAGUGGUGAUUUGAACCCUGGUCUCCAGAGUCGUAGUUUCAAAACUCAAACCACUACACCACAGUAGAAGCCUGACAGAAUGUAAACUGUUCCUGAAAGGCCUGUCACUGCAUCUGAUAUUUGCCUUAGAAAGCCCAUAAAAUCAAGGGUUUUGAUUUUGUGUCAAUUGUAGUUCACCCCUUCUCUUGCAAUGAAGUCAGUAAAUUUACAUCCUAGUGAUACCUUAAAGCAUUACAACAAGCCAAAUACUUUGAGCAAUUAUGCAAGGAUACUCAGCCAGACAUUUCAGCUUUCAGACAGAUAUGAUUGUGGCAAGCAGUAGGAACCAUUUCACUGGUAUGAUGAAACAUGUCUGGUCCUGCAAGCAUGCAGCAGUUCUGUGACUGUGGUUCACUUCCUUAAGGUUAAGGAUCAGUUAAGAACAUGAGGGUAUAUGGCACCCAUGGCUAAGAGCUGGGAAGCAUGUUAAGGACAUCCUUUAAUCAACUGGUAAAUUCUCCCUUACCAAAAUUAUAGCUGGAAGAUGCUUUGUUAUAAAUUUAUAGUGUAAAAUGUAAUGGAUUUGUAUAUUUUGUAACCACUGAAAAUUAAUAUUGAAGAAUAAAUAAUAUGCACCUUG